UCACAUUUUUAAACGCAACACGCUUUUUUCAUUGUCGCCUGCCGUCGAGUUGUAGUUGCUGUUGUACGCGCUAGGCUGGACAAGCAGUAUGGCGGAAGAAGACAGUGAAUUUGAGUUAGAGGGAUUUAAAAAACAAUUGAGGAGUUUGUUUGACAGUUUUUUACGAGAGGAACUCGGACCCGAAAGCGACAUAUAUUGUGCAAGGUUUUGCGAGCUGGUGGAGGAGUGUACUGGUCGGUGGCAGGAGCCGCUGCCUCAGCUCAGGUUCCUUCAGAGUGCGCUCUGCUCGCUUGUCCAAGCCUCCGUCUGCUUCCCCUCAGAUUGUGAGCAUGUGCAAUGCACCCUGAGUAGCCUGGCACUGAGUGCCUUUGAGCUGUUGCUGUUUUUUGGUCAGAGUGACUUCCUGAGGAAUCCGUUGAAAGACAUUCUGGACUCUCUUCAGGAAUGCUGUUCAUCGUUUGUAAGGCACCAGAAUGUCCACCUUCUGCAGGUGAUGCGGGUCAUCAGAGAGGGUGGAUCCUGGGCAAGCCCCACCCUUCACGCCAUCCUGACUGAAAAAGAACUGCCUCGGGAUGAAGUGGACAGAUACCUUGGCUCUGAGAUGCCAGUAUUUCUGGAAUUGAGGAUACGGUACCUGAUGGCCAAUCAGAAAGUCUGUGAGGCCACGUCCCUGGCUAAGACUUGUGCUCAUCACUCCAGUCUGGGGCGACACCUGUUUUUCCUUCAGGUCUACCUCACCUUCCUAUGGAAGGCUUCUCACCACGACCACCUACACAAAGUGAUAGCUGAAGCUGAUGCGAAGGAUGCUGUGGAUAUCAUCUGUUAUAUGGAAACUGAGCAUGAUGAUGAUGAACUGGUGCUGUCCCUCUGCAGAGCCUUCCUCUCCCAACAGCUACGGAGAGGAGACAUGUACUACAUGUGGCAACUUGUGUUCAUAUGGAGUAAGCUUCAGCUGCGUGUUAACCCGUCCAAACAAGCACUCCUGGACCAAAGCCGUCAGCUGAUGCUGUCAUCCACCAAUGUCAAAUCAAUUUUCCCUUUCAUGGGUGUGAUCGUCGCUGAGAUGGGCAAGGAGGCCCUGCAGUUCUGUGUGGAGCUCUGCACCCAUGUCCUCCAGUCUGAACUCCCCUUUGACGCUUCCACAAAGUCUCUGAUUUACAAGACCAUCGCCUACCUUCUACCCUCCGACUUGGAGGUGUGCCGGGCAUGUGCCCUACUGGUCUUCUUUCUGGAGCGCAGCCUGGAUGCCUACAAGACUGUCUUCCUGCUCUACACACACCCAGACCAGGAGUACCAUGCAGAGGCCGGCCCAGUGGGCAACCAUGUGCGCUUUGAGAUCCUGCAGGUCUUGAAAAGGGGUCUGUACUUUGACCCGGAGUUCUGGAACCUCAUGGCCCUGCGGACCAACUGCCUGAAGCUGAUGAGUGAGAAAGUGGGGAAUGCUGCCCUGGUGGAGAUAAUGGAGGAAGAGAAGUGGUUGCCCAGCUACUGCACCAAAGAGUCUGUCUGCUGCGGGGUCAGUUCCUCCACCUCCAACCAGCUGCCUACCAAGCCACCGACAAAUCACCAGACGACGUCCAAGAAACGGCUUCACAAAGGAGACAAGAAUCAUGUGAACAAACGGGUAAAAACGCGUCAUGAAAAGAAAGAAGACACAGAGUUGUCGGUAAACCACGCUGUGAAAAGGAGAGGAAAGAAGCCUGGUUUGCCGCCUGUCAGGGACGUAACCUGCGUCUCCUCCCUGAGACGAUCGUUCAGACAACUGGACUCCUCACCAGAGAACCUUGCACGGCCAUUUGUUGACCGACAGCAUCAACACAUGACCCGCCUCUCAGAAAAGAAACCCCCCAAACGUAAGAUCAGAAAACCUCGCUGGCUCCUGGAGGGGGAGUCCACUCAGGCUGAGAACAGUGCCCCACGGAAGGGCAAGAAACCAGGGAGGAAGCCUCAGCAGCAGAAGCAGCUCCGCACCGCAGGGGUGACCAGGAAGUCCAUGCCUGGGCUGGUCAGGAACAAUACCAAACAAAAGACUGCAGAGAUGCCUUUAUGUUUAGCAGAAAAAGAGCACCAGAAGGAGUUUAUCAUGGAAAAAAGUUUGACCUCAUCUCCAGACCAAUCUUUGGAGGUCUCCCAGCCUGAUAAUGACCUUUCAGCCUCUUUUAUUGAAGAUGUGGACAAUACGCAGAAGUCUCCAGAACCACCUUGUAAAAAGCUUCCCGUCAGUGCCAUGCAGACAAAGGAUCUACCCAACAAUGAGGUGAUCAUAAGAGCCCACGAUGCAUGUACCUUUAUACAGAAGAUGCACAGCUAUGCACGACGCUCCAAGGUGAAAUGUGGUACACCAGUAAAGGAUAACCCGGCCUCAGACUUAGCAACAACUGUAACUUGCACUUCAGAUCACAGAAGACCACUGGCAUCUGUGGUUCCGAAGGACAAACCCUUACUCGUGGCCUCACAAACCCAAAUCUCAGCUGAGGUUGAGGUUCCCUCCAAACUGCAUGAGGGUACUGUUGUUCCUGUAUGUGUUCCCUGGACUGAUGAAACUUCCACAAACAGAAAUGAUCAAUCAAAUGACACGGCAAUCUUUUCUCCCCCUCAAAAUGUAAUUGUUCAUAAUGAGUAUAAAUACACUGUGGAGAUGUUGACUAGGGACAUAACCAGUGUUCCAAAUGUGACCAAUCUUACUGACACAUUAGCUGUUCUUAAAGGACCACCGGUUAGGGAAAGUACUUAUGAAGUUGUUCUAGAGACAAUACCAACUAAUGCAACAGUUGUAGAGGAACAAGCCAUAGAUGUGAAUACAGUUGUUUCUCACCAGACACUUCCUUUCGGGAACACCACUACUCUAAAAGAGUCAACAGACUCAGAGGAGCAGGCUUUUAACAAGUCAGUGACUGCUGAAGACACACAUGAUCAGGCAUCAGUCCUUCUCACAGAGGAAGCUCAAAUUGAUCCGGUAGAGUCAAUUGAUACAGACUGUGAUGCUCGCAAACAACCCACAACAGGAGAUGUGGAUACAGGCAGAAUCCCUGACCACACAACCUUUGUGCCUCACUGUGCAAUGUCCAGCAACUCCAAUGACCAAAUUGUGGAACCGAAUAGUUCUCUGGUCUCUAAGAACAAGCCACAGCAAGAGCCAGAACCACCCACAGGAAGUGGACCACAGGACACCCAGGAGGUGGAAACCCUGGGAAACCCUUCUAAUGGCCCCACACAGGACCCUGAGGACUCCCACCUCAUGCACCACUGCAAUCUAUGCAACAAGGUGAUCAAAGGGAAGCGUGUGGUGGUGGCCCACUCCAUGUACCACUACAGCCAGGACCAGUGCAUGUUCUGUGGCAUGUUGUUUAAAAAUAACAUCCUGGCCAUGAUGCAUUUGUCUGAGCACAUAGAGAAACUGAAGGGCAAAGUGCCAUUGGAAGGAGACCUCCAGGAGAACAUUUCCCAUAAGAAGGUUGUUUCUGAACACCCUACACAGUCUAGCCCAAGGAGAGGCAAUCAUAAGAGGUCUACUAGGAAUGUUGCCGAGCUAACCUGUUCUGACAGUAGGAGGUUAAGGUCAAGCCAUAAGCAGACAGACACAAAAUUAGUAGAUCGAAAUAGAAAGCCUCGUAAGCAAGCAGUUCAGAGGGUAAAUGGACAUUUGAGGGGAAAAGUGGAGAAGAUUAGGGCUGUUUCGCCACCAGAGGAAAGGGAGCGGAAAACUAGUAGUGGAAGAAAUAACCAUUAUUCUGAUUCAAGGGACGAGGCAGAAGAGCUAUCAACUUCAGUGAGGGUAACCAGAGAACUACGGCGAGAUUCUACUCUUAAACAGACUGUUGACAAGGAAACGGCCAGCUCAUCUUCCUUAGCAGUGGACAGUGGAGUAGAGGCAAAGACGAGGCGUCUUUCUACCUCGAAGAGCAUUGAUAAAGAAAGGGAGCCAGCUGCUAUAGUCAACACAGCAGGUGCUCAGAAAAAUGUAUGUUGCCCUGUGGAGGGUUGUCUUUGGCCAUCAAACCAGCCUAAAAACCGCCAAUCUCUCCUCAACCAUGCUCUGGAGGCUCACUAUGGGUACACCAAACCUCUGGAGUUAGCCUUUAGCCUGGGAAACAGGUGCUGCAGUACCUGCUUAAGGGUCUGCUGGAGCUUUCAGCAUUAUCAAGACCACAUUGAGAGGCACAGAGCUAACCCCAGGCACCCCUGUCUGCACCAAGGCUGUGGGGCCAGGUUUAAAACCGGAAGAGAAAUGAGACGCCAUACAAGAAGGCAUAGCCCCCUUCGGGCAGGCUGCUGUUUUUCAGGAUGUACCAAACUGUUCGCUUGCCUCUGGGCGCUCAACCUACAUGAACGAGAGCAUUACGGAAAUACCUCUCCCACCUCGACAGUGGAAAAGACCAAGCGGUUGAAAAUAAAACAGACACGGAAGAACACUAAAGAUGUUAAGAAACGAUCUGGUUGUAAACCAAAGGAUUCCCUCACAGAUGUGUUGCCCACUUCAAAGGUCAAUAAUAAGUUGAAAAGGGCAAAAGCUAACUCUAAACCGAAAGGUCCUCACAAAACCACAGCUAAAUCGACUCGGAGGCAUAAGAUUAGAAACAACUUCAAGAAAACAAAGGCUAUAAAGAAGAGUGUUCAGGCAGAUGAGAAGGAUUCUUCGGUUUCUUUACCCACCUCAUCUACCACAGGUGUAGCGGCAAACAGACUGCAGGAUAUGCAGGCUCUUUCAGUGAAGGAUAGAAAUACUAUCUUAACUACCACCACCAAACUGUCUACAACUAAUAGAGCACUAACUAAAGGAUUAAAGAGAACUUCUGCUAAGAAAAAGAAACAGAUGAAAAAUCGAAGUAGUCAGAUUACUACUGUGAUCUCUCGUGAAGACUGUGAUGAAUUGAAGACAAAGGAAAUUGUAAAUCCACAGUCUACUAAUCUGGAAACCUCAACCACUACUGACCCCACUCCCGCCAGUGCAGAAGAAACGAACAAAUUAAAUAUGAGUGCUAGACUGAAAUCAGAUAUUUUAGAUGGGCUGUUACAUGAUACUAAAGAUGCCUCAACUGUUUGUCCCAGUAAGACAGUGGAGGUGACUGAUGAAGUGAUCAAGCUGCAGACUGACCCACUGUUUGCCACUCUGGACAAAGCUACUCCAUCUGCUUCUUCUAGCACAACCACACAUUUGAUAAAGUUAAAGGUGAAUGAUCCAUUGAAUAAAAAAGAAAUCAUCAAGAAACUUGUCAAAGACUCAAGGGAGCCUGCUACAAAAGACCUCUUGAAUAUCUUGGUUCAGCCUAAUGAUGGGGACCCUUCUGAUGCCUCAAAGCCUGAAAAGGUGAAGACUCCAGUAUCAGAUGAGCAGCCUGACAAGGUUGUAAUGGAUGUUGCAAGCUCAAGUACAGGGAGUAAACCAGUGGUUAAAGCUUUAGAUUCUACAGUGACAAGUCGGGGUUACCAUGUAGUUAAUGAAUACUCGGCGAAAGGUGACACAUCAAGCACAGAGGCAGAGCAACACAAGCCACAACCUGAGGUCGAUUCUGAAGCCAUGAAAAGGAAGAUUGCAGGUCCCUAUGUAGGGAAGAAGCCAUACAUCAGGCCCGCACCGACAUCCUAUUUAGACGAAAAGUACACCUCCAUGACCAAACGCAGGAAGAAGAUGUCCUGGUCAUUGCCUUUCUCCCCAGAGUGUAGUGCUUUGCAGGAGGCUGUCGCUGUAGCCACACCAGCCCAAAGACAACGCUGUGCCAAGUGUUUCUCCUCUUUCAACAGACCAGAGGAAUUACAGGCUCACUUGGAGCUAAAGAAGUGCACAUCCCUCUUCGGUUUUGACUCGGAUGAAGAGGGUAACGGGUAAUAAAGGUGACUCUGGAAAGGUGGAUGGAUCUCUUAAGAUGUAGAAAGAAGAUCUGCAUCUAUAGACUUGCUGCUAGGGGGUUCCUUGUGGACUCCUCAACUUAAACACCCCCCAUACACACACACACACAUUCCUAUGGAGGAGGCCAUGGAUGAUCAGGCAAGUCUGGGCCCUGGUGCAACGAUAGAACAUAGAACCAGAGUUUACAAAUGCCCGGGGCAUGUCUAUUAGCCAGGUCUGAUAACUAUUAGGCAGCCAUGAGGACAGUUGAUGUGGAUUAUAUGUUCGGAAGAAGUGCCUGGAGUAAACCUGCAGGGUUUGGCCUGCUACUUCCAUUGUUUGUGGUCCAGAGUUCCUAGAGGGGUUGUGACUUGCUUUGAGCUGAUUUCAAGUGACAGUUUUGAUACUGCAGGGAGGCACCUGUAGGGGAAAAAAAGAAAGAAAAAUAAAUCGUAUUAAUCUUUUUUUUUUCUUCAAAAUAGACAAUACUUUUUGGUUUGUUUGCUUUUUGCACUCCGUUGUAUUUCCAUCAGUUUAUAACCACUUGCACUUCAGUAAUUUUCUUUAAUCAUGAUAUAUACAUAUAGAUUUUUACUAUGGUAUUACACACUGAGAAGGUGACAGUUGAAGGCCAUAUUGUUCAGUGUUUUGCUGACUUUGCAGAGAGCCUUUUCUGUUGACACUUUUCUUGACGCUAAUGUCAGUACUCAAUGACAUGGUGAGAUUUAAGUUAAAGACCCAAAUGUUAAAUGGCUGUGAUAUUUCUGAGAAAUCAGCUGUCUACUUCUGUUUUUAAAUCAUAAUGUUCCAAGGUUUUGUGAACCUAAAAUGGUUUGCUGUGAACUUUGUAUUUUUCAUUCCAUUUAUUAUCGAUAAACAUUGUGAACAUUACUUCUCCAACCAACUACAAUUAGUUGCCAUUGCGUUGUCAGUGCUUUUAGCACACAGGAAUUUAAUGUGAUAUGCUCUGUCGGCCUAAUGGCUUAAUGUAAAGAAAAAAAUGUACAAAAUAUUGAGGUUGCUGGAAAGUGCUGGAGAAAAGCAAGUUUAUCUUGGUGUCACAAAGUGCACAAUAAACUGUGAACUAUUUCGUCAAUGAACAGGGGCAAGGAUUAAUUUAUUAUAGCUUUGUUU